AUGGCACUGACGGGAUGCCUGUGGCUGGCCUCCAUUGUUGGCAUGUGGGCUGGUGACCAGAGUUAUGGACAUUACAUGAUCGGCUACUACACCUACCAGGACCUGGUGUCGUACACAGAUGUGGAUCCCGCCCACGCGAAAGGGCAGAGCUACAUGGAUGCUGGCGAGGUCUAUUUCAAGGAAGGCACAGAAGUCGCGACCAACGAGAUGGUGUCCUUCACCAGCCGCACGAACUUCUGUGCUGCGCCGAUCAUCGGUCAGCCGCUGCGCAACCAAGCAGGCCCCGAUGAAGUGGCAGCGGAAGGGGGCGUUGUCAUCCCAGAGGCCUUAGACAGCUUGAUCUGUUUGACAGGCGGGUGGGCGAGUCUUUGUUCACUGGCCUAG